GUUCACAGUGAGGAAAGACAUCAGGAGGUAUAAAGAAGCAUGUUGGAACAGUGACAAAUCUGCCCUUGGGUUAGACCAAGACCUUCACACAAAAAAAAGCUUCUCCCCAACAUUUUUGCUGUAACAAACAAGGAACCCUUCACUUUUUUCCUCUUUACGCACUGGAUUAUAACGGAACUGGAGGACCGCUUUUCCCACCACAGCGCACGCGCACAAGUUUACUCAUCUUGUUUUGUGAUUUUAUUUUUUUUUUAAGGUUUGGGAUUUAUCCUUUGUUUUUUUUUCUGCCUCGGGACAUGAGUGAAACCGGCGUGGCUGACACCCGCAGCAGUUGAUGAGAAAACCCCGUGAGGCAACAGAAACGUGCUCAAUGUAUCUUCCUCAGAGGGACUGAACAGGAGGAGGCACCCUGACGACAAGCCGAGCCCCAAGACUUUUCACUCUAUUUAUUUAUUAUUUAUUAUGUAUUUAUUUAAUAUGGGGCGCGUCAUCCUGCUGACUCUUGCCGUCAUGUCCAUGUUGCUGUGCCAGGGGUUUUGCUCGGGAGUUUUUGAGCUGAAGUUGCAGGAGUUUCUGAACAAGAAGGGAGUACAGGGCAACAAAAACUGCUGUAAGGGAGGUCUGGCUUCGUCUUUCCAGCAGCAGUGCGAAUGUAAGACCUUCUUCAGGAUCUGUCUCAAACACUAUCAGCCCAACGCGUCCCCAGAGCCUCCAUGCACCUACGGCGGCGCUGUGACGCCCGUCCUCGGCUCCAACUCGUUCCAGGUCCCAGAUGCCAUCCCGGAGAGUUCGUUCACCAACCCCAUCAGGAUUAACUUCGGCUUCACGUGGCCGGGGACCUUCUCGCUGAUCAUUGAAGCAUUACACGCCGAUUCCAAAGACGACCUCUCCACGGAGAACCCAGACAAGGUUAUCAGCACCAUGACCACUCAGAGGCAUCUGACUGUGGGAGAGGAAUGGUCCCAGGACCUGCACACUGGAGGAAGGACCGAACUCAAGUACUCCUAUCGCUUCGUGUGCGAUGAGCACUACUACGGGGACGGCUGUUCGGUGUUCUGCCGGCCGAGAGAUGACGCCUUCGGCCACUUCACCUGUGGAGAGCGCGGGGAGAUCGUGUGCGACGCCGGGUGGAAGGGACAGUACUGCACUGAACCCAUUUGUCUGCCAGGAUGUGAUGAAGAGCACGGGUUCUGCGAGAAACCCGGCGAGUGCAAGUGCAGAGUGGGAUUCAAAGGGCGCUACUGCGAUGAGUGCAUUCGUUACCCAGGCUGCCUCCACGGGACCUGCCAGCAGCCCUGGCAGUGCAACUGUCAGGAGGGCUGGGGAGGACUUUUCUGCAACCAAGAUCUCAACUACUGCACUCACCACAAGCCCUGCAUGAAUGGAGCCACUUGUAGCAACACUGGUCAGGGCAGCUACACCUGUUCCUGCAGGCCUGGCUUCACUGGGGCCAGCUGUGAGAUUCAGGUCAACGAAUGUGCUGGAAACCCCUGCCGCAACGGAGGAAGCUGCACUGAUUUGGAAAACACAUAUACCUGCACUUGCCCUCAUGGUUUCUAUGGUAACAACUGCGAGCUAAGCGCCAUGACGUGUGCUGAUGGGCCUUGCUCCAAUGGAGGCCGCUGUGCUGACAACCCUGACGGAGGCUAUUUCUGCCAGUGCCCCACGGGAUACGCAGGGUUCAACUGUGAGAAGAAGAUUGACCACUGCACCUCCAGCCCCUGCUCCAAUGGUGCACGCUGUGUGGAUCUCGUGAACUCGUACUUGUGUCAGUGUCCAGACGGCUUCACCGGCAUGAACUGUGACCACACCGGGGACGAGUGUUCUGCCUACCCUUGCCAGAACGGUGGCACGUGCCAGGAAGGUCCCGAUGGCUACACCUGCACUUGCCCGCCGGGAUAUACGGGCCGCAACUGCAGCUCCCCGAUCAGCCGCUGUGAACACAACCCCUGCCACAAUGGUGCCACCUGCCAUGAGAGGAACAACCGCUAUGUCUGCGCAUGUGCUCUUGGAUACGGAGGUAGAAACUGUCAGUUCUUGCUUCCAGAGCACGCUGCCAUCCGUGGGUCAGAAGUUCCCUGGAUGGCCAUUGGUUCCGGGGUGGCCCUGGUGCUGCUGCUUUUGGCAGGAUGCGCCGUUCUGGUUGGAUUUUUCCGAUCAAAAGUCCAGCGUGACAGCCAAGUAGAAACCGUAGGCGAAGCAGAGACAAUAAAUAACCUGACUAACAACUGUCACCGCAGUGACAGGGACCUGGCCAUCAGUGUGAUGCCCAUGCCAGGUGUCAAAAAUAUCAACAAGAAGAUGGAUUUCUGCAGCGGGGACCCUGACGAGGGAUCUUCACCAGGGAGGAGCAGCUACAAGAGCCGCCAUCUGCCUGCAGAUUACAACCUCGUACACGAGGUCAACUACGAGCAGGCGGCCAAAGAGGCCAUGCUGGAGGCGGCCUGCAAGGACAAGGACACGUUUGAGUUUGAGGAGAAGCGCAGCAAACGUUUAAAAUGCGAUGCAUCAGAAAAGAAAGCCCCAGAAAUGUCUGCAUGUGCGGACACCAAGUACAAAUCUGUGUUUGUGAUGUCAGAGGAGAAGGACGAAUGUAUAAUUGCAACUGAGGUGUAACAAGCCACCAAUGGGCCGCCCGUUGUUCAUUUACUCUAUGGGAGAGUUUUUAUGCUCCUUCAGAUGCUGCUCUAAACCUAGGGGGAGAUGUCCCGCCUUGAGACUGCUGCUGAUACGUUUAACUGAUAUUCAGAGUGAGCUGGUUCUCUACUGGAAACUAAGCGCAGGCAGUGGCGGCCUGUGGGAUUAGAACUGGCAGGGUUUAAAAAAAAAAAAAAAAAAAAAAAGUUUACAGUUGAAAGUAAACUGCUUCUUAGCUUUGUGUUCUGCCUGCUAACAGGGAGUGGGGGUUAAAAAGGAGAUAAAAUAUAAAUGAACGCUGUCACGUGGCGACGAUAUACGAGUUUUGUUUUUGCAACAUUUGCACCCGGGCCUUUUCUCUAACCCACACGCCGUUGCUGAGCGCAGGAACUGCAUCAAACGGUGGAUGUUUGGCCAUACUGGCCUGUUCUUCAUGAGGCUGUUCUCGUGGGCCGUGCGCCCAUCACUGCACCCAUGAAGACUGUAUGUAUACUUGAUCACUGUGUUAACUGAAGUGCGUUUUCUUCCCCAAGCCCUCCAGACCAUUUUAUGACAUAGUAUUGUUCAGUUCUUUUCCUGUUUGGGACACGAAAACUUUGUGUUAAUUAAAAAAAAAAAAAAAGAAAACAAGAAAAAAAAAAAACUUG